CUUAUGAGAAGGAAUCUCUCCUCUCCAGAUGUCCAUCUUCCAGCCUAUUUGUGAUCCAUAUCAGGAAUGGCAGAGUUGAUGCACUAUGGCAGGGAAAGAGAUUUCAUUAUAGUCUAUCCGGUGGAAGGACUUGAGGUGCUCAUCAAAACCCUUAAAAACUCUUCAGAAAUCCACAAAUAGAGAAGUUGUUUGGUUAAUAAGGAACAAAAUUCAGCUGAAAAUGUCCGCUGGUCCCGAGUCUACGCAUGUGUCCUUGCUUGGGAGGGGCGACAGUUUGCACCAACAGGUCCUCUCCUCCUUUCCUCUGUGUGACAUGACCGAGGAGGAUCUGACCCAGAACCCUCAGCUCUGUAAACUCCUAGCCACCCUGGCCCAACAUGUGGACCAAACUGGACUCACUGUGUCGCUAAAAACAGAGCUGGACAAGGCUGAACAGAAGCUGCAGAGCCAGAGGCGACACUGGCUACGCUCUGAGAGCCUGCACAAAGGGCUGCAGGAGAUGAUCCAGGACCACUGUGUCAGGAAGCACCAUGCCACUGUGCCCCCUGACCAGAACUUGUUCUAUGAGACAAUGGAGAAGUGUGUGCUGGUGGCUCAGUGUGUCAGACAGCUGGAUCCAAGUAGCGCAACCAACCAGGACCAGCCCUCUGUUCUGGGUUUGAACACCCAGCAGGUGAUGGAGCUCAUGCCAUCAGAGAAAAAUGUACAAAGAAUGAAGCAGAGUCUACCCAGAGAGCUGGAGAAACAUCUCAAGAAAAAGUGUCUGAACCUCCUCUCUUACUAUCAACCUGAAAGGGAGAAUGAGAGUGAGGGUCUGAAGAACAGCAAAUUGUCUCAUCUGUCAGUCCAGCUGGACAAAGACAAGAAAAGAGCUGAGAGUCUGAAAGAGACCUGCAGGGAAAACACUGUUCUCCUGCAGAGACAGACUCAACUCUACCUCUCUGAGCUGACUAAGUGUAUUCAGCUUCUUCAGUCUCUCAUCUUGGACCACAGGCUGAAGAUCCAGGCAGAUUUAGACAUGAAGAAGUUGGACUACUUUGAAGGCAAAUGUGAAUUAGUCUUACAGAAGAUAAAGGCUGAGAUGGUUGAAAUCCAGCUGGACACGUACACAGCCGACUCAAUAUCUGCUCAUAGAAAGAUAAGAGAGAAGUUGGAGUCUGAGCUGAAGGCCUGUCAGGUGGAGAAGCAGUCUGUGGAGUUAAAACUGGCCUCCUUUGAGAUCCUCGGCAAAGAGUUUGAGGCCCUGGCUGAGGAGUACAGCAGAUUACGGCAGGAGAUAGAAAUGAAACACUGGGCUCUGAAGGAGUUCACCCAGUACAAUGACAAGUGAAUGCUGGGACAACAGCCAGCAUUUCCCUUGGACACUUGACACAGGAACAGUGUGGAUUUUUGGCUUACAGUAACCAUGUAGCUUGUACAGAGUGAGUGUGCUAACUGAAGGCUCCCCAUAGAGCUCCUAACUUAAAACUGUUGUUUAAUCCACUUAAAUUAAGUUUUCCUAUAUAUUCAAGCCUCUUCAGUGCAUCACCAUGGUAAUCAGUAUUUCAGAUUUUUUAAAUUUCUACCCAAACCCAUUUAGAUUUCAUGGCUUGUUUAGUACUCAUUCCUCUUUUAAUGAGAUGCAACUUUACACUGAACUCAAACCUCCAACCACUCUUGUUUUCUAUAUCAGCUUAUAAUGAGAGUCACUAUGUUCACACUGACAACUGUGCAAAGUACCUCUGCCAUAAAAUGUGCUUCUGAGUUGGCAAACACAGCAGUGACGCAUCUGUUCAGUGCAAAGGAUUUGCAUUGCAAAACGGCACAUAUUCUAUGUGUUUGGUGUGCAUGCUGCAUAUUGAGGCUGGUAACAUCAACAUUAUGAAAAUGAGACAUAUGAUUUUCAGGUGCAAUCCCCUCAUCAAACCUAGUGGUUUGCUAAUUUUUGUUGACUGAUCAGAAAAUAGAGUUUAAUGCCAUUUACCUGCAAUUUGCAACCUCUUCCACAAGAGAGCAGUAUACUUUAAAUUUUAACUCCAUACUUCCACGUCAUUUUCCUGUUAUACUUACCUGUUCCCACUUUUACUAGACAUAAAGAACCUUUACCAGACAUCUUUGUUUUGCUUUCCUGUUCUUUUACUAUAGGUAUGGCAUGUAAUAAGAUUGUAUGUUUUAUUAAUUAUUAAAACUAUUUAAAACGUG